AUGGGUGUGGGGACACGGCGGAGCCAGCGUGAGUGGAGGUGGCCUGAUCAUGCUGUGCACAAUGAUUACGACGCCGGUCCCGCUAGAGGCGGACGACGAGGCCAGGGAGGUAGGGCGAGGGGGCGUGCUGACCAUGGGGACGAUGACGACGAUCAGCAUGGGCACGUUGGCGGGGGUGGUUCAGGGGCUGCUGCAGCUGCUGGUACUAGCACACACGAUGAGGGUCAUGCAGGUGAGUGGUAUGGUACAGGGAUGGGUGACGGGGCUGACACAGGUGACGCUGUACUUGGAUCAGGCCCUCUUGGAGAUUACUUUGUUGGUGUGCCAGCCGAUGACCAGCCUGAGCAGGGGGGUACACCUUGGCGCAUCUCGGGAUCACAGUGGUCAGACUUUAUUGGGUCAGACACGCUUGUUGGGGACUUCGGGAGUCCACGCUUCCUAGAGGAGAUCACCGCCAUCAUGCAUGGGGACGUGACUCCCCGCAGUGGUGGUCAGACCUCAGGCACACAGGCCCCGUUAGAUGUUGAUCUGAAUGAGCCUCCAUCCUCAUCUGCUGGUCACCAGUUCUGUCUCGGAGGUACUCCUCCAUCCGCCUUCACCGCUGCAUCAGAGUCUGUUGCAGGGCUUUCGGCGGCACCCCUGCAUGUUGCGCCACCAUCACAGCCUGCCCCACAGGAGGAUGGGGAUGAUAUCGAGGAUGAAGAGCCGUUUAUCUGCCGAGGUCACGGCAGUACUCAUAAUGAAAGAAGACAUAUUCAUUACUACUCGCAACAAUCAAAGUACAAUGAAAACUUAAAUGUAAAUAAUACUAACACUAACAACAUGCGCACUAAUGGCGGCCUGUCUGAGACGAUCUUCCAACCUGUGGGCAACUACGUCGUGUGUGUCCGGGUUGGCGACAUAGGCCGCACCUCUUUGGCCAACUCGGAUCUGCCUCGUCCAUAUUCGUCCGUAUCCUAG